GUGACUUUAUGAUUUUCACUCAAACAACCAUCAUUAAACGUUGAACAACUAAAAGAGAAAAAUGAAACGAAUUAAUGAGUUAUCAAUUUUUCAACCGAGGCGAGAACGAGAUUUGACAAGUUAAUUAAGCCAAGUAUAUUUUGGUACAAAAUAUGAUGAGUGGGUGAAUAAUAGUGAAUGGUAGAGCCAUAAUAGAGAUGGAAGCCGGAACCGGAAGUGGACCACUGAGCCAAUGAAGACUUUUGUUUGUUUUUUUGUUUUUUUUUUUUUUUGUUGUGGUUUAUAAAAUAAAGCAAAUUAAGCAGAGGGUGUAGUGUGUAGGGAGAGAAAUCAGUAAUUCGCGUACACCAUGAGUUUCCUCCAAAACAUCUGGGACGAAACCCUUGCCGGUCCUCCGCCGGAUUCCGCCCUGGGACGCCUUCGCAAGUACAAUUCCUUCGCCGCCCACAGAUCUCCGCCGAUGACGAUCUCCAUUCCUAGCCCUACUACCCUCUCUCACACUCAUGACUCGCGGCCGCCGCCGACUCCACCGCCGGUGACGCCUCGAGACGACGAUAUCAAGAGACUAAUCACGAGGAGAAGAUCUCUUGAUUUUCCUCGCCCCCUGGAACUCCCUGACCGAACAACCCCUUCCGUUUACGAUUGGAUCGUAAUAACAGCUCUAGAUCGUUGACGGAAGAUCAAGAGAUGACUGCUCUAAUUUUAUGCGGAAACGAGGCAUAAAUCUCUUUAAUUCUCUUUUGUUCAACCCAAUUAUAUUAAUAUGUAUAUAUCUAUAUCUUUGCUUUUUUUUUUUUGUCAUUUUUAUGUACAACAAAUUUCCUUCCAGAUGUACAAACUAAUAAUUACUGUAGUCAACAAAGGAGCAUGACUAUUAUGUAGUUGAGACUGA